AUCGCGUUACCAUGGUGUCCAGACGUCAGCUAGCUAAUUAACCAGAUGCUGCCAAUUUAAAGUUUUGUUAAGUCACAAGGAUCCUUAAAUGUCGGAUAUUUAAUUUUGUCUUUUAUAACAUUUAGAUGGUGACUUAGUUAUUCAGUGACAUGGACACAAGCCGAGCAGUGGAUGGCAGCAGUCGAAAUACCAUCAGAACAGAUCUCAACUUGCUUCUUGAGUGUCUGAAGUUCCAGAUGAAACGUCCUGACCUACAGAAACAAGCCCUACUAACUAUUCAUUCUAUCUGUGAAAAGAAAGAGGAUAAUGUGGAGCUGCUGAGAGAAAUGGGAGGUGUAACUUUUUUAUUGAACCUCUCCAAGUCCAGCAUUGUUCAGUCAGAUGUGAAGGAAAUGGCUCUCUUCACUCUGGGAACUCUGGCAGAGGCCAGUGUUUAUUGUAAGAACUCACUGAGCAGAAAGGAAAUAUUUACAGACGUGGCUGACUGGUUGGUGAGAGAAGAUGCUCCACUGACAAAGAAGAGAGUUAUUGUCUAUUUUCUUUCUGUUGUGGUGUCCAACAACAAAUUAGGACAGACACUGGCCCAAAACACAGGCUGUCUGGAGAUUCUUUUCAAUCUUUUCAGAGCCACAUUCCCUCUGUCUCCAGAGGAUAGUUUCAAAACAGCCAACUCUUCACAACUACACCAACUUUGGUCUUCAGUGUCUAGUGCUCUAUGUGGAUGUGUAAACAAUCCUCAGAAUGAGGAAGGACAGAGUGCUUGUGUCAUUGUGUUUCCAACUGUGAAAAACUGGUUUCAGCAGAUUUCUCUUCCUCAAAUGGAGAUAUUUCAGCCCAUAUAUUCUUUCAUUGCAAUGACUGUAGCAAAUAACUCUUCUGUGCAGGAGAGCUUUGCCGCUUCAGGGGGACUGGAAAAUCUCACUUUGGUCCUGAUUAGAUUUUGUCUAGGGUCAGAGACAAGCCUGUUGGCCUGCCAACUGGCUGUCUCCACUUCCAAAACCCUGUCUGCCUGUAUCAGUGAUAACCCUGCCCUCGCUUCAGACCUGGCAAAGUAUGGACUAGUCUGUCACCUCUUUUCAUUGCUUAUCAACCCAAAACUGGAGUCAGAGGAGAGGCUAUCUGUGUUACUAACUUUGGGCCACUGCACAGAGGCUUCAGAGGAACACCAGAAGCAGUUGGUGCAAAUUGGCAGUCUCCCCGUGAUCAUAACUUUACUCGCAGAAGAUACAAGCGAAGAGGUCCGCAAGGCUGCCACAUUUAUUCUGCAGACUUGUAAGCAGGCCACAAACAUUUUAAAAUGUCCUGACACAAAGAAGAAAGAAAAUGAAAAGACUAUUCCAGAUAUAAACAUAGACAAGUACCAAACAUCUGCAGAUGAAUUACUGCAUAGAAUUGACCAACUUGAGAAGAAACAGGCUGAAGCUGAACAAAAACAUACAUACCCAAAGAUGAUAUCUCAAAGCUCCACAUGUGUUCCUUUAACUGAAAUACAACCAGAGGACAGGUUUUGUGAGAGUGAUGAUGGAUCUUUAAUUAUAAGAGUAAACAGGAAUCUUAACAGCAACAAAAUUAAGAAAAGUUCCCAGGAAGAUAAAGCUAACAAUGCAGGGGCUGAGAAUUCAUGGUGGUCUACAUACUACUGCACAAGAACUGAACAAAGUGUUUCCAAUGGGCAAAGGCUAGAGGGAGCCAGAGAGCUACAAGAAAAUAGUCAGCCAUUUAAAGUACCAGGUCCAAUAUGGCCAGAUGUACAAAAAGACAACUGUUCUGUUGAGGAAGUUUUGAGUAAUGAGGCAAAUAAUGGUGGUAAAGAAGCGUCCAUUUCGGAUGUCAGAUGUACAGGUUGUGUUUUGCGUUUCGAUGAGGUGAACAGUCGCACAUUCUCAUCUCUUCAGAGCUCCUGCACCCACAGCUGUGAUAUGCAUCGAGUCCUGAAGGAGGCCACGGAGCGCUACAUAUCUCAUCAGGGCAGUCUUUUCAUCCAACCAGAGCACCCACCCAGCAGCACCCAGGAGCAGUCAAACCCCUGCUCUGACACUGUUACCACUGCACAGGCACACACGAACCAGAAAAACUGGAGAGAUGUGCAAUUAACUCCUCUUCAUAAAGGGAUAAAAGCGACGGGGCCUGUUUUUUGUCAAAGAACCGUUCCAAUCUUCAGUCGUUGUCAUCCUUCUGAAAAGAAUGCACCAGAGAAGAGCAGAAGUAAAUUUUUUCCAGAUGACCAUUCAGAUGGGAAUAUGGAUGCACAGACUUGUUCAAAUUCUAGCUCCCAGAGGAGGAAGAGGCAGGACUUCAGCCGUGAGGAGGAGCUGUACUUACUGUGUGGAGUCAAGACGUACGGCCCCUCCUGGAACACUAUCCUGUGGUCCUACCCCUUUCAGCAUGGUCGGACCAAUGUAGACCUCGCCAAAAAGUACAGGCGCCUAAUGAAAAACAAAGCAAAAGUUGAAGGUUUGACCUAGUUUUGCUCUAGCUCUCGAUGACAAUGAGUGUAUUAAUUUUCAAUAUUUAUUUAUGUUUAUUUACAUAUUUAUUUUAAAAUAACC